GAAAUUUUUCUAUUACAUCAUCAAGAAAACUAGAAAAUUUUUUCUUAAAAAAAAAAUGUUAAAAUUUUGAAUAAAAAAUUUUGAAUAUUUUAUAAAAAAAAGCUUAAAAUGUUUUUAUUAAAGUUAGUUCUAGCAGCUUUAGUGUUGAAAUGGAGCAGUUGUCAGCCAGUUUUCAAAGUUGGUGUUAUUUUUGAUGAACCUAACUCGGAACUGGAAAUGGCAUUUAAUGCCUCUAUCGAAAGGGCCAAUGUUAAUGAGCGCAGUUUUGCCUUACAGGCUAUUAUAACUUAUGCCAGUAGUGAUGAUAGUUUCCUAAUGGAAAAGACAGCAUGUUAUUUAGCUUCUGAAAAGAUAAUUGCCAUAUUUGGACCAGCUAAUGGUGAAAGUUCCGAUAUUGUUGCCUCUAUAUCGAAUACCUUUGAUAUACCUCACAUCACAUUCGAUUGGACGCCCAGUGAAGAUCUUAGCGAAAAACCCUUUAGAGGUAUGACUUUAAAUUUACAUCCAGAUAAUCUACUACUGGCACGUGGUAUAUCAGAAAUUGUACAAAGUUUUGGUUGGCGUUCCUAUACGUUGGUAUAUGAAAAGGAAAAGGAACUAUUACAAUUGCAAGAUAUUCUACAAAUAGGUGAUCCUACCAGUAAUCCCACUACGGUCAUGCAAUUACCCAGUGAUACUGAUGAUUAUAGACCCUUUAUAAAAGCUAUUAAAACAUCAACCGAUAAUUGUUUAAUUUUACAUUGUGCUGUUGAAAAAAUACCGAUAAUACUUAAGCAGGCCGAUGAUUUGAAAAUGUUGGGAGAGUAUCAGAGUAUAUUCAUACCCAAUUUGGAUACACAUACCUUGGACUUGAAUGCCUUCUAUGAGGUUGGUGCCAAUAUCACAACUAUACGUUUAAUGGAUCCAACAGAUUUCGAAAUUAAAAAUCUAGUAAGAGACUGGAGAGAUCGUAAGAAAAAAGAAGGAGUUCAUUACACACUAGAACCCAAUCAAGUGAGGACUGACAUGGUUCUAAUAAGCGAUGCUGUAGCAUUAUUUGUCAAAGGUUUAGCGGAACUGGAAAUAGUCGAUGAACUUAAGCCGGUAAAAUUAGAUUGUCGCCGAAAUAGAGCUUGGAAUCAGGGUCGAACGAUUAUAGAAUUUAUUAAAGCGCGCAUUGGUGCUGAAACCUCUUCGGGUCGUGUGGAUUUCAAUCAAUAUGGCCAGAGAAGCUUUUUUACUUUACGUUGCAUGGAAAUAACAAGUACCGGACUUUUGGACUUGGCCACUUGGGAUCCUGUAAAUGGUUUUGAUCUGUUGGGAGACGAUGAUGCCAGUGAUAAGAGAGCUGCCAUAAAAAUACAAAAUAAAACUUUUAUUAUAACCUCACGUUUAGGAGCACCCUUUUUAAUGAAACGCGAAGCCAAAGAAGGUGAAAUUCUGGAGGGUAAUGCCCGCUAUGAGGGCUAUUCAUUGGAUCUUAUAGAUGCUAUAGCCAAAUUUUUAAAUUUCAAAUAUGUUUUUGAAUUGGCUCCUGAUGGUAAAUAUGGUGCUUUUAAUAAGGUCACCAAAACCUGGGAUGGUUUGGUCAAACAAUUGCUGGAUGGGAACGCCGAUUUAGGCAUUUGCGAUUUAACCAUGACUUCAGCUCGCCGUCAAGCAGUAGAUUUCACUCCACCCUUUAUGACUUUGGGCAUAAGUAUUCUCUAUAUGAAACCCGAAGUUAAACCGCCCAAUUUGUUCUCCUUCCUUUUGCCCUUCUCCAAAGAUGUCUGGGUCUAUAUGGCUACCGGUUAUUUGGGUGUAUCACUAUUACUUUUCAUUUUAUCACGCAUGGCUCCAGAAGAUUGGGAAAAUCCUCAUCCGUGUAAAGAACCAGAAGAAUAUGAAAAUAUUUGGACUAUAACAAAUACCACCUGGUUGACAAUGGGUUCUAUUAUGGGUCAAGGAUGUGAUAUAUUACCGAAGGCUUCUUCGACCCGUUUAGUUACCGGUAUUUGGUGGUUUUUCGCCUUGAUGAUGUUAAAUUCUUAUACUGCCAAUUUGGCGGCCUUCUUGACCAUGUCACGUAUGGGUUCCUCCAUUAAGAGUGCCGAAGAUUUGGCAGCGCAAAAUAAAAUUAAAUAUGGAGCCGUUUAUGGUGGUAGUACUAUGUCGUUUUUUAAGGAGUCAAACUUCACAACAUAUCAGCGCAUGUGGGCAGCUAUGGAAUCAGAUCCCUCGGUAUUUACUAAAAGUAAUGAUGAAGGCAAAGAACGUGUUUUAAAGGGCAAACGUUUAUAUGCCUAUCUAAUGGAGUCCACUUCACUGGAAUAUUUAGUGGAAAGAGAUUGUGAUCUGGUGCAGAUAGGUGGAUGGUUGGAUUAUAAAACCUAUGGCAUAGCCAUGCCAUUUAAUUCUCCUUAUCGCAAACAAAUAAGUGGCGCUGUUCUAAAAUUGGGCGAAGCGGGCACCUUGGCCGAGUUGAAAAGAAAAUGGUGGAAGGAAAUGCAUGGUGGUGGCAAAUGUGAAAGUGCAGCGGCUGCUUCUAGUGAUACACCCGAAUUGGAUUUGGAAAGUGUUGGUGGUGUGUUCUUGGUUUUAGGUUUGGGUCUAUUGUGUGCCAUGCUCAUAGGUUUGGUAGAGUUUUUGUGGAAUGUUAAAACGGUUGCUGUGGAUGAAAAGUUAACCCUAAUGGAGGCUCUUAAGGUAGAAACAUUAUUUGCCUUAAAAUUCUGGGUAGCUACUAAGCCGGUGCACGCUAGUUCUGCCGAUUCUAGUUCCAGUUCGAGCUCAUCAUCAUCCUCCUCUUCAUCGCGUUCUAAAUCCUCUAAAUCGGGAGGACUUUCAAUAUCUCACAGCAUGAAAUCCAUUAAGAGUUCUAUACCCGAAACUGUACGUUCUUCGGUACAUGAAAGACUUAGAAAAAUUGGUUCUAUAUUUUCAUUGAAAUCGAUGAAAUUGGAAAAAUCAGAAGAUGAGAUAGAAGCUCCACCGGUAUUGGCCAUUAAACCCAAAUCUGUAGUGACCACAGAAGAUAAAGCCAUACAAAUUGAAUUGAAACGUGAACCGGCUGAAGAGCAACGUCAUCAUCAUCAUCACCACCAUCAUCAUCAUGACCAACCUCAUCAUCAGCAGCAGCAGCAGGAUACUAAAGAAAAGCAACCGAUAGAGGAACCAGAACCGGAACCAGUUACAGAGGAUCACCAUCAUCAACAUCAUCAUCGUCAUGAACACAAAAGUCGCAAGCGUGAUAGUAAAGUCAGUUCAAAAAGUCAUUUAAAUGUUUAAAGGUCUUAAAGAGACAAAUUUAGCAAAAACAAAUUACAGAUUGUCUGGUGUUUGUAGUCGAAUUGUAAGAAGGACUUUAGUAAAAAAGAAAACCUAAAAACUUAAGCUUUAAUAGCUUAAGUUUCUAUUACAUUUAGAGAUUUCUUUUAAAUAUAUAUAUAUUUUUUUGGAAUUAUAAUAAUUAAUACUCUUUAUCUUACUUGCUU